AAUCCUAUUGGCCGGAAGCUCGUAUUGACUUCACAUGGAAUGCUCCGCGUGCGGCGUGAGUGUGACCUAGACAGUGUCUUCUCGCGUGCUGUUAUAAAUCAGUUUAUCUGACUUGUAUACUAGGUUAUUAACCUAAAACUUUUAAUGCAAGCUUCAAACGGAGUUAUCGAUCACUGUUUGUAGCCAGUUGCUAGCUUGCUAACAUUGAUUGAUCUCAUGAGCAGGCCGGAAAGCUGCAGGGGCUCGCGGAUUACAUCCAUCGGCGCUGAAGCGUUUCAGCAAGGUGGCACGAGCUACCUUUAAAAUUAAGCUAUUAAGUGGAAAUCCGGUGUCGUUAAGCUCGUGCUCGUGUGUUUUCGUUUUGUUUCGCAGUUGCAGUGAACGCUCGUCCUGCUCGUUAGGAGUCAUGAGUUCAUUAGCGCGCUCUCAGUCCGAGGUGUUUGGAGAAAUCCGGAAGGAGCUCUAUGAUGACCAUGAAUUUCGACAGGUUACUCAUGUCUUCGUUAUCAUGGGCGCCUCGGGAGAUCUUGCAAAGAAGAAGAUUUACCCAACCCUUUGGUGGCUCUUUAAGGAUGGGCUCCUGCCAGAGGAGACGUACUUCGUUGGGUUUGCGCGUUCCCAGCUGACCCUGGAUGACAUCCGCGCUGCCUCUUUACCGUACAUGAAGGUUAAAGACGUGGAUAAUGAGCGCGUCUCAGCAUUUUUCCAAAGGAACUCGUACCUGGCCGGACGCUAUACAGAGGGAGAGUCGUUCUCACAACUGCAGUCCCACCUGAACUCUUUGUGCCAUGGUACAGAUGCCAACUACAUCUUCUACCUGGCACUGCCACCCACCGUCUACCACAGCGUCACCGCCAACAUUCACCAGCACUGCAUGAGCAACAAGGGUUGGAGCAGGCUGAUUGUGGAGAAACCGUUCGGCCGGGAUCUGCAGAGCUCAGAGGAAUUGUCAGCACACCUGUCGUCCCUCUUCACUGAAGAUCAGAUCUACCGCAUAGACCACUAUCUGGGCAAGGAGAUGGUGCAGAACCUCAUGGUACUCAGGUUUGGGAACCGAAUUUUUGGCCCUAUCUGGAAUAGGGACAGUGUGGCCUGCGUCGUUCUCACUUUUAAAGAACCCUUUGGAACUUAUGGGAGAGGAGGAUACUUUGAUGACUUUGGUAUUAUCCGUGAUGUCAUGCAAAAUCAUCUUCUCCAGAUGCUCACCUUGGUUGCCAUGGAGAAGCCUGCCUCCACCAACUCGGAUGAUGUGAGAGAUGAGAAGGUGAAGGUAUUGAAGUGCAUAGCACCAGUGACUCUAGGUGAUGUUGUGCUGGGGCGGUAUGAGGGAAACCCUGCUGGGGAAGGGGAGGCUAAACUGGGUUACUUGGACGACCCCACCGUUCCCCAAGGCUCCCACACGGCCACUUUCGCCACUGCGGUGCUCUACGUGCAUAACGAGCGCUGGGAAGGGGUUCCCUUCAUCCUGCGCUGUGGAAAGGCCUUGAACGAGCGCAAGGCUGAGGUGAGGCUGCAGUUCACGGACGUGCCAGGUGACAUCUUUCAUUCGCAGUGCCAGAGGAAUGAGCUGGUGGUGCGCGUGCAGCCUGAUGAGGCUAUUUAUGCCAAAAUGAUGAGCAAAAAGCCUGGGGUGUACUUCAACCCUGAGGAGACGGAGCUGGACCUGACCUACCGUAGCAGAUACAAGGAUGUGAAGCUUCCUGAUGCCUACGAGCGUCUAAUUCUGGACGUGUUCAGCGGAAGUCAGAUGCACUUUGUGCGCAGUGAUGAGCUCAGGGAAGCCUGGAGAAUCUUCACCCCUCUCCUCCACCAGAUAGAAGCAGAAAGGACACAACCAAUCCCUUAUGUGUAUGGAAGCCGUGGACCGAAAGAGGCAGACGAGCUGAUGCAGAGGGCAGGAUUCCACUACGGAGGGACGUACAAGUACCUGGCCUAGACCGGAGGAAAUGUUGUCACAUGUCAGCUCGGAGGAUAAACCAGUGGCGUGGUAUAAACUGGGAUGUGUUAAGUGGAUAAACUCUGUGUUAACAACAAAC